UGGGGAAAUGACGUAGCGAGGAGCCGUAAAAAUAAAGCCUGGUCUCAAUCGCUGGGCCACUGGAGCCACCGUGAUGGCAUCCACCACAGUUUCUCGCAACGGGACCAUGAGCGUGCAUGUGAGACCGCCGUACGGAGACACCGAACUGCUGAGCGGAUGGCGCAAGAAAAUGCUCUACUUGCUCGUGGCGACUACCGUCAUCAUUGCGUCACUGAACGCAACGCUGUUGAUGUGGACCAUAAAGGUCCUAGACCUCAGCUCGGAUGGACCAGGCGUUUUGACUUUGACAACAAACGGCUUAAAAGUUAGUGGAGACGGCCAGUUUGUCGAUGUCUUAACUAUGAAACGAAUUCAGCAUAAUGCUCAGGAAAAAGGCCUGAUAAUAGAGUCGGCUGGCGACAUCAAGCUGCGGUCGAUGAACCGACAGGGUCGCUAUCACAACAGUCUGACUCUUGGUUCUGGAGUCCUGGAAUCACGUGGUAGCCACUUUUUGGUGAGAAAUCCGCAAGACAAUGUUUUAUUCCGAAGCGACCCAUCUGAAGUUGUCGUGGCGACAGACAAUCUCAGAAUUUCUACGAAGGCUGGAUUUCAACUCGACGGAUCUUUGCAUGCCGAAGUCGUCAGAGGUGGAUCUGCCAGAGACCUCAAGGUCGAAUCUCCAACAAAGCGAAUAAGUGUCCACGGAGAGGAAGAGGUUUCCAUGAUUGCCCGUGCCGGUGACACAUUAGUUACAUCUCUGCAAGACAUCCAUUUGCACACCAGGAGAGGACAGAUCGUCGUGGACUGCAGCCGACUGGAGAUCAAAGACCUUGAAGUGGCUGAUCCAGCUGUUCGCUCUGCAGACAUGCGUGUCUACCAGCUGUGCUCCUGCGAUGAUGGCAUGCUUUUUCUCACACCUUCCGAACGACACUGCCGAGCUUCAACUGACCUGUGCUCGAGCCUUCCUGGGCUAUCGAGUGCUGCAUAAGAACAAGGAACUUGUAACCAGCCGCAUACGUAACUAAAAAUAAAUGCACCACUGUA